AUGGUCAACGCUAGUGCUUUGGGUACUGCUGCCUACAACGUGUCCUGGCGCUAUGGUGACUUGUCUAAACGCGCCUUGACAGACCUGCUGUCUCAACGAGACUGUGAUGUCCAAGUGCCGGCCAGAGUGUUGGACUGGAACCGCCUCAUGUGUGGUCCAGAGUUCGGCGUUGACUACAUUGAUCGGACCAUAGCGGCAUGUGGAAGUGAUCUGUUGGCUGCUGCGUUGUCUUCCGAAACGAGAUACACCAUCGCCCUUUCGUCUCUCAAGAUGGCCAUCGCGGUGGCCAUGAAUGGUGUCGACUACUCCACGGCGACCACUUACGAUGCCGACCAGGCUUGGGGCCUGUUGUAUGCGGUCUUCCUAGCACCACAAAUCGUCGGUGUUCUACCGGCUAAAGGACCCGAGGUUGGCGGAUAUCCUAUAGUACUGCAAGUCUCUGGAUCAACUGCAUGGAGAGUCACCAGUUGUCGCUUCCAGCCGGUGGAGGGUGGGGCGGAUCAACUUAGCCGCUGGGUUGACGUCCCCGCGACCACCAUAUCGGACCACGAAAUAAGUUGCAUCGCCCCCCGUUGGCAUAUUGAGGACGGCAAUAGAACAGCUGUUGCUAGUAUAUCGUUGGAGAUUUCCGAGACACUUUGGACCAACAGUACUCAAUUUACCUACUAUAAGUCGCCUAGUAUCAAGUACAUUGAUCCUGCUGAAGGCCCACACGAGGGAGGCACCCGUGUUACUAUCUAUGGUGAAGGUUUCGACUUGUAUUUGGUCCCUGAUGGUCUUGGAUCUGGCAUGUCUUGUAUCUUUGGUCGUACCGUCGUCACGGCCCACUACGUCUCGCCUACUGCGAUCUUCUGCUUUACUCCACCGAGCACAACUGCAUCACCGAGUGUCAAAGGCACCGUGUACGAUUACAUGGCGUCCAAGCCACAGUUCAUUCUCGAUCCUUUUCUCGGACCAGUGUCCGGUGACACUAGAGUGACCAUCCGAACGGCCGACCCGCUUUCCAUACCGCGAAGCAUAUGGCAAGCCGCCAUGAGUACCGCCUUCUGUAUUUUCGGGACAUUGAGAGUAACAGCAGCAGUAGACGUGGACUCCUCCUCGCUAGUGUGUACAUCCCCGCCUACCACUGAGCCUGGCGAAGUCCGUUUGAUGGUUUCCCUCAACGGUCACGAUAUUGAGGACGCUACACAAGGGUUCCUCUAUUAUUCUGCACCUAAUAUUACUCUUGUGGAGCCAUCCAUGGGCCCACAAGGGCAAGCGACUUACAUUACCCUGAGUGGGGGCGGGUUCAUUAACACUCAUUUCCUCACCGUCAUGUUCGGCGGAAUCUCGGCUGUCGGCGAGAGUGUAGCGUAUAAGACCAGAAAGGCUAUGUGGCUGAGCGACUCUCGAAUCCAAGUCGAAAGUCCCGAGUUGUCCCCUUCUGGAGAGCUCCGGGUUCCCUUGUAUAUAUCCAACAAUGGGCAGAACUUCUCGCCAGAUGGUAUCGAUAGCUGGGACGCUGACGAUGAUAGUCACGAUGACCCGAAAUCUUUAAAAUACUACACGUUCCACUUGCCCGUUGCCGUUUACAGUGUGUCACCGCGAGAGGGCAACAUCCACGGAGGUGGGCUGGUCUCGGUAAAUGGUGGGCCCUUUGUGAGGACUUCGAAUCUCCUUUGCUCUUUUGAUUGGGUUCAUGUGGACCCUACAGUGGCUCGACCAGUCGUGGUAUCGAGCACGCAAGUCCUUUGUCCAGUGCCGGACAUGUGGGACGCGAGGACAGCCGAUGCUUUGAAUCGGCGAGCUAAGAUACGCAUCACUUUGAACGGCAUCGACUGGAGUCUUUCCUACGCGACGUUCACUUUCUACAGUAUGAGCCCACCAGGAUUCACAACUCACCACACGGGCGAACUGACGUUCACAUCGCAAAUUCGGUCAUGCCCUGCAGGCCACAUGUGCGAGGAAUUCGGUCUGAGCCACCCAUUGCCCUGCCCUCCAGGAAGCUAUCAGCCUAGGGUUGGCAGCAGACAGUGCCUUGAAUGCCCUAAGGGAUAUUAUUGCCCUCGUGUGAGGAUGGAGAGACCUGUGAUUUGCCCAGCUGGAUGGGUGUGUGACGAGGAAGGGCUGAUGACUCCGUACAAGCGUUGUCCAGCUGGCUUCAUUUGCUUAGAAGGAACUGCCACGGGUUCAGAGGCCCCUGUGGUGACCACUCUUGUUGAAUCCAAUAAUCCUAAUAUCAAUACUGCCGGACUGAACGCCCCUAAACUAUGCCCGAGAGGACUGCACUGUUAUCCGGGUACUCUUGCACUGCGAUCGUCCCCGGGCAAUUUGAGUACCCCACAACCUUGCUCACAAGGUUUCUUCUGCCCACCAGGGAGUGCCAUGCCUUAUGGUGCUGGUGCUUGCCCACCUGGGAAGUACUGUCCUGUCCCUCGUUCAGCUGGGAUAGUGUGUACCCCUCGGUUCAGAUGUGGACCGAUGCCUGGGCAAUUCGAACCCACUGAAUGUCCUGCGGGGACAUUUAAUCCCUAUCACGGCCAGCACAACUGCACAUUGUGUCGUGAGGGAGGCGUAUGUCCGUUUCCCCUCAUGGAUCGGCCCAAGCCGGCUGAGUGUGGUUAUGUGGCUGCGAGAAAAGGAAUCAAAUCACACUCUGGAAACGACUUGUGCCCGGCUGGCAGAAUAUGCAGCUGGGGUGUGGCGACCACCAGCGAACCUAAAAUUUGCACGACGAUCUCGUAUGACUCAGCGGUGAACAUUUCUUCCCUUGAGGAGUCGUGCAAGUCUGAGCUCGGACAGGCCUUCGUCCCUCGGGAAAGGGCGCGCCUGGUACGCAUAGGCGGGGUCGUUCCUAAUACAUGGAAUGACUCGUUGGGUCUAUGCUGUUGGGACUCUGACAGAGUACUGCAGUUCUUGACUGACGUUGCCUUGUAUUAUGAGGGACUCAGAAACCCUCUCGUCAAUGAGGCUCGAGCAACAUGGAUGUUGGUUGGAAAAGUACGGCAAGUCAACGCGGAGGACCGUAUCAGAGACAGUACAGCUGCUGGUUUUGAUGGUCUCGAAAUGCUCGCUAAUUUCACUGACGACUCUCUACGUCUUUCAUGGCGAGUGCAUCUAACGAGAGUGCGCCGAAAGAUACUUUUGGAGAUAGCGCGACAGUACUUUUUCAAAGGACCUGAGCCUUGUCCUAAAGGAACCUUCUGUAACACAGGGACGUGUGCCGAUCUCAUGACCGUUAUUUCUGAUUCUGGUCAAACUUCUUCGUCACGUAGACGACGGCUCGAGGCUGAAGACGUUGCGGGGGUCGACGGUGUCACACGACGAAAGGCCUUGCCGGACUCCGCAAUCGAGUAUGCCAAUAUGCCCAAAGCUGAUCUUGUACGCAUGGAAGAAGACGAACAGGAUGAGGCUAUUAUACAAAUCAGAAUGCUGACAUCUACGGAACGCAUCUCUUCAUAUUCACUCGGAGGAGUUCGACUACUGCAAAGCGACUCUGAAGGAGAACUGCAGACGAUUACCCUAUCGGCCAAUCACCCACUGGCUAUUCGUGCUCCUCAGCAGUGCUUAGCUGGCACAUAUUGCAGUAUUAGAGCCAAUUCGAGCCUAGGGACAAGUCUGUGCUCAGCGGGCCAGUAUUGUCCUUCUGGAGCGUCGGAACCUUCUCCGGCUCCUGAGGGGGAGUUUGUUGGUGAAGUUGCCCGAGUGCGAGGUCGCAUGUGCACUCCCGGAAAAUUCGCGCCAAACCCGAGCUCUCCGAUUUGCUAUCCGUGCCCUCCAGGAUACAGUUGCCCGAAUUUUGGUACGCGCACUCUAUUUUUAUGUCCGCCCGGGACAUUCAGACGGUCGUCGGGUGACGACGUGGCUUCGGUAUUUGAUGACGAAACGCCAGUUGUUGUGGGAGAGUCCGGAGACACUUCGGAAAGCAGUAUUUCCUGCACUCCUUGUGACGCGGGGACGUGGACAGUCCUGAGAGGCACUGAAGAUGAGACCGGCUGCGACCCGUGCCCUGCAGGUCGCUUCUGUUUUACCAAGACCGGCAAUUUGAGCGAAACUAACCCCUGUCCGGAAGGCUAUAUAUGUGGUGAAGGCACUACGCUAGAGACUGCCUCGAAAAUACCUUGUUUUAAUGGCUACUACUGCGGGACCGGAACGAGCCCAAUCUCAGUGUACGACUCGCUGUGUUUAAAGGAGUUUUAUUGUCCUGAAGGAACUACUUACGCCAAUCGAUACAACUUUCGUUGUCCGACAGGAUUUUACUGUCCUCCUGGAACUGGUUGGAAACCGGACAUGGACGUGCCCCUACGCCCCAACUCAGCGUAUAUCAAGUAUAGCGAUUUUUUAAUCCUGCAAGUCGCGGCCCAGUACUGUUUGAGACAGAUCCAUGCUGCUGAGUUCAAGCAAAUUGAGCUGAUCAACGCGGAGAGUCUUAACAAUGAACUGUUGGAUGAAUUACCCGAAGCUGAGGUUCAGACGCGUUUGUCACAGUGGACCUCAUCCAUGUCGUCCUGUGUCCAAUCCCAAGUGGAAUACAUUCCUAUGCUCGCUGAAGGCGCAGAAGGCGUAGCGAAGUCUCUCUAUGAAGAUGAGGAUUGGCACAGUAGACAACUGCUGGCCUUACAGACGCCAUGGAAGGCUCCUUACGAGUACUCUAACAAAUGUCUCAACGAGACAUUCCCUCGAAUGAGAAAUGGAUCAACUUGGGAUUGUCUUUGUCACGAAGAAAUCAACGACGGUCAUCUGAUGAGAUGCCUCACGAGAGCUGUUGAUCCCUACGAUGAGCCCUAUGGCGCUCCUUUUCGCUACGACAUCGAUGACGAGCUCAGCAGUACAUCUUGUUCACCGUGGCCUGACUGUAUCGACUGGUCCAGGGUUUCCCAAGACAAUAGUGCCCCUGGUCCAGAGGGAGGACCAUACUGGGACGACUUCGACCGCCUCGCCGUCUCGUUCAUCGACUACGUCCGAGAUGCAUUAGUGAAAGAGAUGGAAAGGACAGCUACUGAUAUUGAUGAUAACGGUGAGAGUAAACAGAGCAUAACUAGAUGCCCUUUUGGGACUCUGACUUCUGAGGACGCCGCGUCUGAACUCGCCAUGUGUACUAAGCGGAAGUCGAUCGUCUCCCUGGAAGACAACGCUGAUAUUAUCGUAUCACGCGUGAAUCCAAUAGCUAUGGCCAAUGUGGAAUCGAUCCCCAGGCCGAUACCCGCAUCACAGCAAGGCACUAUUAUCCCCGUUAUUGAUGACGAAGAUGAACGUAUAGUCUACAGUCUACCUGCACGAGCAAGCGCGAUCAUCACGCUUGAUUUGAGGCGCCUUCCGUCUGGAGUGGAAUAUGGCAGAGAUUGGCGAGUCAGAGUUUUCGUUAAUGAUAGUCUCCCUCAUGAUUUCGACGAUUCUCAAAUGUGCGAGGAAAUCUGGUCUAGAUGGUACUCGGACAAAGAGGUCUACUUUGACAGCUUGCCCGAUGUCCGGGAGGAUAAUCUACGGAAUCAUAAUUGCACUAUGGCGGACAUGCCUAUUGCUCUCGAGAGGUUUAUGAUGGCGUCUGGCAGUCUCUGUCCGAGCAUCACAGACCCAUUCUGUAUCGGCUUUGGCUUUACUCAGUCGAUCUCAACGACUGCCUGCAGAGGCGUACAAGAUUCAGCAGGUCAGCCGAAAGUCAUUGAGCUGUCCCUUCACGCCAUGGUGGACAUCCAGUUCCGAAUUGAAGUGCAGAUCCUCAAUGGUAUGGUCAUGGCUGAUAGAUUCAGCUACAUACAAACUGCCUCAGUAGAGGUCCUUGAGCCCUCUAGAAAUCUACUGGGAACGACCAAUGCGUUUGUGGUAGAGCUACGUCAUGAUAGCGGCGUGGCCUUGCCGUUCAAUACCCCUCUGGCGGCUCUUAAUCGCCUCACAACAGAUCUCGAUGUCAAGUAUGAUGAGCUUAGCAGACAGUCGACAGUAUCAGGCGUGGUAGCAUCAUCACAACGCGGCGUCCUUAGUAAAGCCACGUUGUCUUGGUUACCGAGGGACAGUAAUCUGACCAACUGUAUGAGGCAUCCUGCUGACUAUGAUGAGUAUCUUUGGGCCGGUUCCUACUUCACCAAUAAGAGAAAAACGGUGUGGAUGUCGCACUUGCCAUUUUUCUCGAAUUGUCGCGGCUUCGGACGAGUGAUUCCACUAUGGCAAGUUGUGGAGCAAGGACAGAACUGCCGGAUCGUGGCUGAGGAGGACACUGAUGCCGUUCCUGUGGUGCUGAUACGGGGCGCGAAUUCGGAUGGAAAACUGAUGAAAGUCGUAUCGUUAAGCCUCAAGUACUGGCAGAAAACCUCCAAAGAGAAAGUUCUCAUCAAGGCGGAAGUGGAGUAUUCGGAGUUCGAUGAUCCAACAGCACAGCAAAUGAGCGGCGAGGCCCUUUGGGAAUACACGUUAAAGAUACAAUGGGAGGGGAUGAGCCAUAUCGGAUUAUUGAGGUCGGCGUUUGAUCUAGGGUAG